AUGAGGAAGAGUUCGAUAGAAAGACAAUGGAGUCUGGGCAGAGUAUCUGUCCUACUCUUGGUAUUUGUCAGCCUGACGGAUGUGAUAAUACACCUUGCCGAUGCCAAGAUGGAUUCACUAGAAUCCAUUGAGGAAUACGAUACUCUAAGUUCGGAAGUGAUUCGGCCAGCAUUUCAAUACACUUCCGAUUCAGCAGCAAAAACGGCAUCAGAGGGCAAACCCUUUUCCUCGUUGACUUUUGUCUUGGAUCCGAUAGUAUCUUCGGUAUCAAGUGACAACAGCUGGCUGGAAGGAGUGGUCGAGUCGUUCACUGCAGCAAUGUACUCGGCUCGAGACACCUUUUGGUUAUCCGGUCACAGCAGCAGUGACUCUACUGCAUCCAUACUGAAUACAGCCCGAGGUGGUUCUUCUGCUUCCACAACGACAUCCAAGCGACCACGAAAAACAUUGAAAAAGUCCCAUCACACCUUUACGCUCUCCAGCUCGGAACCCUUUGUUUCCUCAAGGGACAUUGCACAGUUGACUCUUCGCGAUGUGGCCAUGGCAUUUCGCUAUGCAUUGGAAAGCACUCGCAAAGAAUUCAAUAACAACAAGUUCAUAUCCAAGGCCUCUCCUAGAGUCAAGAAGGUCUUUGCACAAAUGUCUGCAGCUGCAGCACAAUCACGAGGCAAAUAUGUCAAGGUACCAACCACCAGGUCUGGAUUGUUCUCCGGCGAUAUUGAUGCCCUGCAGUUUUGCGCUGCCAUGCGCAUCUUUGCCGAAUGGCGAGUAGUCCGACAAGUACCAGAAGGAUACAAGGGUUAUGCCGUUGGUAUGAGCUUGGGACAAAAGGACAUUGUUCAGAACGUUGCCAAGAUCGAGCACGCUGUCCACACUCUCAUUGAACAUAGGGAAAAUGAGCUAGCAUCGCAAGAAGGAAGUGAGGAAGAGGAGGUGCAAAGUCCCACUCUUCGAGACUUGCUUCAAUUCGAAGUGGACACCAAGGUUCACGGAAGUAAACUUCCAAAAUUGAAGGAAAAGUCUGCAGCCAUGGGAUUGCUUUGGGUAAGGCGACAGUUGCACUACCAAACAGCAUUAUUCAAGAAUGUGAUCAAGGUCCCGGAACAGUUCGAGUCCACGGCAGCAGCAGUGACAGCCGCUUACAAUGAAGUUUACGAUAAAUUUCACGGUUGGGCUAUCCAAAAGAUCUUCAACUACAGUUUCCAAGCAGCACCUGAUGCCAGAUUGAUCUAUAGUUACAUGAACCCAGACAAGCUGAAGGAAGCUACCGAAGACGCCCGGACUGCAGACUUUAACGGACAAGUAACUAGGCGACAGCCGUCUAGUAUGAAAAAAAAGAAGGAAAAGGAGAAUCCGUUGGAUCGAUUCGGAAAGCACAUUGGCAAUGAGUGGGGAAAACUUUCCAGCUCUGUCAUGCGACUCUUUGGCAAGUCCGAAUCGAAAUCCAUGAGCUCCAACGAUAUGGUGGCAGAAGAGAUGGAUUCCAAUAAAGCAAGUGCUCAAGACUAUAUUGACGACGUCAUGAUGACGGAUGCCCAUGAAAUGAUUUUGGAAUACCUUGAAGUUGCACAACCUCUCUUGCUAGAUCUUGCCAAGCUAUUUGACGAGUUCAAUAUGGAUGAUCCCACCAAAGUGUAG